UUUCAGUUUUGUUUCUUUUUCAGGCACCCAGCAACAGCGGCCUCCAGGCCCCAGGCCCCAGGCCCCCUCGCCAUCCUAGAGGCCAAGAUCCGCUCUGGCUAGGUCUGAUCCAACAAGUAGCACUGACAUUUUUACGUUUGCUGGAUGUACACACGGAAGUGGAGGAAGAGGAGGAGAAGGAGGAGGACAGCUCCUUCGCUCAGGAGCAAGUGGCCCAAGUCCUCAGAAGACUAGAAGGAAGUUCCUGGCCAUUCAGCAUGGUUUCCCAUGGGUCCUCGCCCUCCCUCCUAGAGGCCCUGAGCAGCGACUUUCUGGCCUGUAAAAUCUGCCUGGAGCAGCUGCAGGCACCCAAGACACUGCCCUGCCUGCAUACCUACUGCCAGGACUGCCUGGGCCAGCUGGCUGAUGGCAGCCACAUCCGCUGCCCCGAGUGUCGCGAGACCGUGCCCGUGCCACCUGAGGGGGUGGCCGCUUUCAAGACCAACUUCUUCGUCAAUGGGCUGCUGGACCUGGUGAAGGCCCGAGCCUGUGGAGACCUGCGUGCCGGGAAGCCAGCCUGUGCCCUGUGUCCCCUGGUGGGUGGCACCAGCGCCGGGGGGCCGGCCACGGCCCGGUGCCUGGACUGUGCCGACGACUUGUGCCAGGCCUGUGCCGACGGGCACCGUUGCACCCGCCAGACCCACACCCACCGCGUGGUGGACCUGGUGGGCUACAGGGCGGGAUGGUAUGAUGAGGAGGCCCGGGAGCGCCAGGCGGCCCAGUGUCCCCAGCACCCCGGGGAGGCACUGCGCUUCCUGUGCCAGCCCUGCUCGCAGUUGCUGUGCAGAGAGUGCCGCCUAGACCCCCACCUGGACCACCCCUGCCUACCUCUGGCCGAGGCUGUGCGUGCCCGGAGGCCGGGCCUGGAGGAGCUGCUGGCUGGUGUGGACAGUAACCUGGUGGAGCUGGAGGCGGCGCGGAGGAUGGAGAAGGAGGCGCUGGCCCGGCUGCGGGAGCAGGCGGCCCGGGUGGGGACACAGGUGGAGGAGGCGGCUGAGGGCGUCCUCCGGGCCCUGCUGGCCCAGAAGCAGGAGGUGCUGGGGCAGCUACGAGCCCACGUGGAGGCUGCUGAAGAGGCUGCUCGGGAGAGGCUGGCAGAGCUCGAGGGCCGUGAGCAGGUGGCCAGGGCAGCGGCUGCCUUUGCCCACCGGGUACUCAGCCUGGGGCGAGAGGCUGAGAUCCUCUCCCUGGAAGGGGCGAUUGCGCAGCGGCUCCGGCAGCUGCAGGGCUGCCCCUGGGCACCGGGGCCGGCCCCCUGCCUGCUCCCGCAGCUGGAGCUCCAUCCUGGGCUGCUGGACAAGAACUGCCACCUGCUACAGCUGUCCUUUGAGGAGCAGCAGCCCCAGAAGGAUGGUGGGAAAGACGGACCUGGUACCCAGGGAGGUGAGGAGAGCCAGAGCAGGAGAGAGGAUGCACCGAAGACGGAGAGACAGGGUGGGGUCCAACCCCAGGCCAGAGAUGGAGCCCAGACCCCAAAAGAGGAAAAAGCCCAGACAACCCGAGAGGACAGAGUCCAGACCUUGGAGGAGAACAGGGCCCAGAUACCCCACGAGGAUGGAGGACCCCAGCCCCACAGGGGUGGCAGACCAAACAAGAAGAAAAAGUUCAAAGGCAGGCUCAAGUCAAUUUCCCGGGAGCCCAGCCCAGCCCUGGGCCCGAACCUGGACGGCUCUGGCCUCCUCCCCAGACCCAUCUUUUCCUGCAGUUUCCCCACGCGGAUGCCUGGGGACAAGCGGUCCCCCCGGAUCACUGGGCUGUGUCCCUUCGGCCCCCGGGAGAUCCUGGUGGCGGAUGAGCAGAAUCGGGCGCUGAAAUGCUUCUCCCUCAAUGGCGACUACAAGGGCACCGUGCCGGUCCCUGAGGGCUGUUCCCCUUGCAGCGUGGCCGCCCUGCAGAGUGCCGUGGCCUUCUCCGCUGGUGCACGGCUCUAUCUCAUCAGCCCCGACGGCGAGGUGCAGUGGCGCCGGGCCCUGAGCCUCUCCCAGGCCAGCCACGCAGUGGCGGCGCUGCCAAGCGGGGACCGUGUGGCUGUCAGCGUGGCGGGCCACGUGGAGGUGUACAAUAUGGAAGGCAGCCUGGCCACUCGGUUCAUUCCUGGGGGCAAGGCCAGCCGGGGCCUGCGGGCACUGGUGUUUCUGACCACCAGCCCCCAGGGGCAUUUCGUGGGGUCGGAUUGGCAGCAGAAUAGCGUGGUAAUCUGUGAUGGGCUGGGCCAGGUGGUUGGGGAGUACAAGGGGCCAGGCCUGCAUGGCUGCCAGCCGGGCUCCGUGUCUGUGGAUAAGAAGGGCUACAUCUUCCUGACCCUUCGAGAAGUCAACAAGGUGGUGAUCCUGGAUCCGAAGGGGUCCCUCCUUGGAGACUUCCUGACAGCCUACCACGGCCUGGAAAAGCCCAGGGUUACCACCAUGGUGGAUGGCAGGUACCUGGUUGUGUCCCUCAGUAACGGGACCAUCCACGUCUUUCGGGUCCGUUUUCCGGACAGUUAAAGGGGCUAUGACUAGGGUGGGAGGGAGUGGGGAGGAAGAGGACAGGAAGGAGGCAGAGCUGUCCAUGGGAGGUGGCGGCUGAGGACAUUUUCCUGAAGGGCAGGGGUUGGCAACUUCGCAACAUGGAGUGCCAAGCUGCUAACCCGUCCUCUAGUGUAUGAGAAUAGGGACCAAGGGUGGUGGCGUGACCGUAACUCUCAGAAGCAGAGGAGGCAAGUGGGUGGUGGGGGAUGCUGGGGGUUCACCUGCCUCUUGCUUUUUGUGGGUGGCUGCUGCCACCACCACCGCUGCUAUAUAGUUUAGGUUUCUGAGGUUUGUGAGCCUGUCCUGAUUUGCAUUCUUCAAAACCAUUCCUGAUAGAGUAGCUGAGGGAGAGUCUUGGGGCAAAUAAGGGCCCAGGGUGGGUCAGGCGUGUGCAUUGUGGAACAGAGCUGAGACUCUGGCCCCCCUUGGACUGGGACAGGGUCCUACAGAGUCAGAGGAAGCCUGAGAUUUCAAAUGGGCAGUAAAUGGCCUCUUCUGACAGCCACAGGCAGGAAGCUCCUGUAACCACGGCAGCCACCAGUGGCAGUACAGGGUGGGCUUGCAGGAGGGCUGCAAGUGCAGACCGCAGCUAGGCCCAAAGAGGUGUUAGACUGAAAGGCUGUGAAGAGAAUAGGCUACUGGAAAACCAAACCCAGCAGAAUUAAUGUCCAAAAAUCCACGUUCUCCAUCGCUUCUCAGCCUUUGGCUAAGAUUAAAUAUUAAAAAAAAACAAAAAACAAAAAAACAGACUCUGCCAGGCGCGGUAGCUCAUGCCUAUAAUCCCAGCACUUUGGGAGGCUGUGGCAGCAGGAUUGCUUGAGGCCAGGAGUUUGAGACCAGCCUGGCCAACUAGACCCCAUCUCUACAAAAGAUUAAAAAUUAGCUGCGUGUAGUAGCAUAUGCCUGUUGACCUAGCUACUCAGGAGGCUGAGGUGGGAGGAUCCUUUGAGCUCAGGAGUUUGAGGCUGCAGUAAGUUAUGAUCACACCGCUGCAUUCCAGACCCUGUCUCGAAAACACACACACACACACACACACACACACACACACAAACAACAGAAAAAGCAGGUUAUCCAUCACUUCUCAGCUAAGAUCAAGUGUGAAAAAAAAAUGAAAAAAAAAAAAACAA